UUCAUGUACAAUAAUUCAAUGGAACUGCCGUAGCAUGAAGAGAAAGUUAGCUGAGCUUCAACAUCGUGUGGAGGAAGUCGAUUUACUACUGAUUCAAGAAACAUGGCUCAAACCAGACCGCCGAAUACUAGGAUGGAGUUUGUUGAUUGGGAAAAUUUUUUCUCUCAAUUUGAUGGGAAAUUCUUAAUAGGUGGAGAUUUCAACGCUCACCAUGUUUGGUGGGGUUCGGAUUAUACAAGAGGCUGUGAAGACGGAUCGAAAACAGAAGGCGCGAAUUUUGUAGGCUUUUCGAUAGCAAUGGGUAACAAUGAUACACUCUAUAAAUUUAGAUCAUCCGAUAUAGCUUGUAUUUUUACAGCUGAAGCCUUGGCAAUAGAGGAAUGUCUCAAUUUAAUCGAGAGAAAAGAUCCAGAAUUAGGACCAACCUUACCUGAUGGGAAUGCAUACUCAUGGAUUGUCCUGGUUGGAACAAUCGCAAUAGAAAUGACAGUGCCAUGUUUGUGUGCGAUGUACGGUGUUAUUCUUGGAUUCUUAUCUAUUGAUUCGCCAACACCAUUGGACUUGUGGAAAGAAGAUAUCAUGAGAACGCCAAUUUUAUUUACUGCGUUUUUGAACUUAGCUGAUCUUUGGACAAGGUUAAUCGUGAACCUUGCAACGAUUCCGAGUUUAGUUGGCCUUAUCGGAGUAUUUCUUUUAACAAUUGGUGUUUUGGCAUCUGGGUAUUUGACGACAGGUGGCCAGGCAGUCUACUUAGCAAGUGUCAGUGCUGGUGCAAUAAUGGGCAUAGGUGGGAGUUUUCUUCUCGUCCAAACUGAUAGUGUCUUACAAAAAAAUUUUAGAAAUCACUUACCACUUGCCCUAACAUUUAAAGAAGUAUCAACAUCUCUAGGUUUUAUAUUUGCUCCAGGAUUUAUAUUUGCUCUGUUGUCUCGAUUUGAUCUACAAAUUGGACUACUUUUGAUGAGUUGUAUUUUUAUUCCAACUGCACUGGGGACACUUGUAUUGCGAUAUCCAACAAUAAAAUCGAGUACAAGUCUGUACACUUUGUUGAUUAGUGAGGAGGAAAAAGUCUUUCACAGUCGAGCUAACCCAGAUAUAACUAAUGUUGCCAAAGCGCGCGAAAACAAUUUUAAAGCAUCGGCAGUAACAAAUGAAAAUUCAAAUUCUCAAAAUUAUAGUGAUUUAUUUAGAGAAGGAUCUGACACUUAUAGUUAUCAGGAUUUUGAUGACAUCGAAGAGCAUUUUAGUAUUUCGUCAUUCAACAGUGGAAAUUUGCUGUAUAAAUGGAAUGAGAAUUUGGUAGUUACUAGAUCAAACAAAUUUUGGAUGAUUACAAUUUCUUGGUUGGGAAGUCGACUAGCAGCUUUGUUUAUAUGGAUACUUUUACCAUCGCUGGCCAUCAUUCAGCUUCCAUCAGCAAGUAUCACCGAGGGAGUAGCUUUAGUCAUGGCUACUGGUUUUGGGACACUCAUACCAAAUACAACUUCUUAUUGGAAACCAAAAACUGCAAGAUGGCGUAGCUUUUUGUUUGGAGGGUCAUCUUGGCUAGGAAGUUUUGUUCUUCUGAGUCUGACAGCUGCUCAAUCGAUUUAUGUAUUCAUUUUUUUAGCUUUCGCGGGAGGAAUAAGCAUUGCGGGAACUUCAGUUUAUUUAGAAUCUACAUUGUUCGAUGCACUCGGUUGUCAACAUACGAAUACUGCAAGAAACAUUAUUUCAACUAUAGUUGGGCUCUGCAUGUUAACUUUUUUGUUUAUUCCUGAUCCGUCCUACUGCAUAAAAUUGAUAUCAGCUCUUCAAUUUAUUGGAGGGAGUUAUUGGAUUCUUAUACCGCUGUUGGGAAUCAUUCAAGCAAGAUGAAGAUUUUUUCUGUGUUUUGUUUUUUUAAAUUACGCUUCAAAUAUUUCCUCGUUCAAUUACACUAAGGCUGACUUUAUUGUAUCAUACGAAUAAUUUUGUCGCAAAAUUUUCAUCAAUUAUAAUUUGAUUUAUAAAAUUACAAUUUUCUUUUUACAUUAGAUUUUAAUAAUAUACUGUAAAUUUA